UGUGUAACCGUGGAAUUGAGUAAACUUGUGAUUAAAACUCAUAACUAGUCGCGUUAGCUGAUGAUUUUAAUGUCGUUUUGUGUAUUUCAUGUAAAUUGUUUAUGACUUUUGAAAUGGCUAACCUAGAUUAUAUAAACACGAGGAUUGAACUUAACAAUAUGCCGAAUUCUGAACAGUACGAUAGCAGGGCAUCAGUUGCAUCGAAUUUUUCUUAGCCUGAUAGCGAAUUUGACAUCUUAGAUGAUUAUAUCAAUCUGUCAGAAGAUGUCUCAUAUUCCAACCAAGGCGUUGUUCACGAUCAAACCAGGCCGCUAAACGACAGAGGCGGGCCUUUGAUUUAUGCAAAUGAGGCUACGUUAGAAAACGACAGAGACAGCGUAGCUCCCCCAGUUCCUAGACGUACUCGUAAGGGGAAUAAGAACGGAAUAUCAACUAUGCCGUCGUCAGUCGGGCACGAAGUUCACGGAUGGUCGAGGGUGAAAACUGCAGCAUUUAUUUUGAUCAGUUUCGUUAUUGGAGCUGCAGUUGUGCUAGCCACGGUUUAUGCUAAAAACAUUAUCGAUGCCAUAUCUAAGGGGAAAGCUGAAACAAAUGGAGAAAAUGGACACGGCGGCGACAAUACUUGUAAAAUAGUAACGAACCUAAAUGGAUGCAAGAAUACAGUGAACGAAAAAGAUAUCAAAGGAAGAAGCGACCAUUUCUCGACGAACUGUUCAAAAGUAUACAAGAAAAUAAUAUACAGUCGAUUGUAUAUAUUUUACGAAGACGGAAUUUCAUUCUCGAAAGCAGUGGAUUUUUGUCAUUGGACAGUUCGCUUAAAGAUGCUUGAAAUUGAGAGUUCCAGCGAAUGUAAAGAUUUACAAAAGUACAUGAAUUUGAAUCUGGGUAAAGCGUCGGGUUACUGGACCGGACAGUGGAAUCAAGAGGGAAAAGAUACGGGAAAUAAAACAUGGCCACACGUACAACCCGGGGAUGAUAUUAUUAUUACGGAUCGCAGCAUGUGUGUCUAUCUACGGCCACAUUCUGAAAACUGUCCGAGACGGAAGUCGAUGCCAGAUUGUUCUGAAAACAAAAUUCCAGUUUGUAAAUGUUAGUCAACAGCAGAUCGGGCAUCGUUUACAUGACAAUCAUAAGUGGACACGACCCAGCAGUACUUCAUUAGAUUAUUGACUUUCUUUAUACAAUUAUUGUCAAUUAGGUGGAUGUGAACACUUCUGUUUAGCCCAGAUAUACUCUUUUAAAAUGUUGACUCAGCCAUUUAUUUUCUAAGGGUUAGUCACGCUUUAAAUACUCAGAGCAGUGGAUAAAACGGCCCAGAUCUACUCGAUUAUGUUAGAAUAUCAGUCCAUAGCUACUGUCAUUAUUUAUUAAAAUGUUUGUAUAUUUUCUCCGAUUUUUUUGCAACCAUUUACGAAUAUUCGUUGAUAUUGUUAACAGUGUCAAUAUUCAAAUAACAUACUAGUAUACAUAUUUAGAAAUUUUACUAAAGUGACAUUCUAAACUACAUGAAAUAAAUAAACGCUUACUGUAUGGAAUCAGCAAGGUCAUGGAGUGGACUGCAUGAGAUCGCAGAAAUCUACCCAUUCCUUGACGUGUGAAUUAUACAAAUUUCUCUGUAUAAUUUAUAUAUUGUUAUGUAAUGUUUGGGAAGUUAUUUUGUGCAUUUGGCAAGUUGUUCUCUUCACCUUACAGGUUGUUUUGUACAAGGUAUAAUUUGUUCUUCAAAUUAUAAGUUGUUAUGUGUUAUAUUUAAUGCAUUUUUGGCAUCAGCCGAGGAGGCAGUUGAUGCGUUCCAGAGCUGCUUUGAAAUCCGUUGAUUUAAUCUUAGUUAUUAAGAAAUGUCUGUACGCUGUGUCAGUGAUACAGUCAUGAUAUUUAGCAAUAAAGGUAAUUUCCACAUUUCUGACAAAAUUGCAAUAUAAAACUUAAAAUACCCAGAAACUGUUUUCAAAGAAAACUAUGCAUCAAAUCUGUGACAGGGUUUUUCGUUAAAUGUCGCAUCCAU